AUGGACACCGACGAUAUCGAUAAUAUGUUGAUUCGUCAACUGUCAUGUUUGGGAACAAGCGAUAAGGAGGUACUAGUAAAACAGUUUCAAAGCAUUCUGGGUGACGUUAGCUUGUCUCCGGAACUAUGUGCAUUCUUCUUAGAUAUGUCCAACUGGAAUCUCCAAGAUGCUGUAGGUGCGUACUAUGAUCACGGGCAUACGAACAACGUCGGUGAAAUCGGCUAUGACUUACCACUGUUGAAUAUGCAACUAGUAAGAGACGUGACGGUUGGUGAGGGUGAAUCUGUGCCCCCUAAGACACGUUUCGUGAAGUCGUGGCGUGUUAAAAAUAAUGGAGGAGUUCAUUGGCCACAGGGUACAGCCUUGUGUUUCGUAGAAGGGACACCACUAGCCUCCGAAAUGCGAGUACCAGUCGCCAGCCUAGGUCCUGGUGGAGAAGCUGAACUGACGGUGGAAAUGAUCAGUCCUUCAGUGCCCGGGAUUUACCAGAGUCGUUGGCAGCUUAACACACCGCAAAGCGUUCCAUUUGGAGAAGCUAUUUGGUGCAUAAUUGCUGUGGAUAGCAAUGGUAUCUUGGAUAUAACACAACAAUUGGCAAAUGCUCCAUUGGGUAGAGUGAGCUCACCGACGGGUCAUAAUCCAUUCAUGAGGUCGUCACCUGAUGAAAUGAUGGCAGAUGAUUUCAUGGGAAUGGAUGUCACUGACAGAUUCUCUAUGCAUCUCUCGAAUUUUGACUGCUCAAGUCCGGUAACCAUUCCUCAUGGCGAUGGUACUGAUGGUCCUCCUUGCACACCAUGUACACCUCCUCAUGAUGAACGUGAAUAA